GGAGACUCGCAGCUUUUCUGUUUCUUUAUAUAUUCGCAUUACACAGGCAAAAGCGACUGCAGCACUACAGGAGAGUACUAGCACAGUAGCAGCUACGCGCUCCCGCCUGUAAAAAAGUGUCGGCGAGCCUUUUUCGAGGCUUCCUCUUCCUUUGCCCCCCUCCCCUCCCUCUUAACUGUCCCUCGGUUUCUCCGCCGCGAGCUUGUGGCGGGACAAUGCAGCCCCGCCGUGGCCCCUCCGCCCCGCUCCUCGGUCGGCUCUGGCUCCUGCUGGUGCUGGGGACGGCGUCGCUGCGGUGCGCGUCCGCGCAGGUGAAGCGGCAAGUGGCCGACGCGCGAUGGAAGCCCGCCACGGCCACCUGGUACGGUAGCCCCGACGGCGACGGCAGCGACGGUGGGGCGUGCGGGUACGGGUCGCUGGUGGACGUGAAGCCGCUGAGGGCUCGGGUCGGAGCGGUGAGCCCGGUGCUGUUCAAGGCCGGCGAGGGCUGCGGGGCGUGCUACAAGGUGAGGUGCCUGGACCGGAGCAUCUGCUCCCGGAGGGCCGUCACCAUCAUCGUCACCGACGAGUGUCCCGGCGGAUACUGCUCCGGCGGGAACACCCACUUCGACCUCAGCGGCUCCGCCUUCGGCCGCAUGGCCAUAACGGGCGAGGCCGGCCCGCUCCGCAACCGGGGCGUCCUCCCGGUCCUGUACAGAAGGACACCGUGCAAGUAUCCAGGCAAGAACAUAGCGUUCCACGUGAACGAAGGCUCCACAGACUAUUGGCUCUCUCUCUUGGUCGAAUUUGAGGACGGAGAUGGCGACGUGGGUUCCAUGCACAUUAGACCCGCGCGUUCGAGCGAGUGGGUGGAGAUGAAGCACGUGUGGGGAGCGAGCUGGUGCAUCAUCGGGGGUCCUCUGCAAGGGCCCUUCUCGGUGAAGCUGACCACAUUGUCGACGUCCAGGAUGCUCUCGGCCAGAGACGUCAUCCCAAGGAAUUGGUCUCCCAAAGCCACCUACACCUCUCGCCUCAAUUUCCUCUAAACUUCCAUUCAUCCCGUCACAAAGUAGCUCGCGCCUGUGCUCUUUAAUUGGGGAAGAAAAGUAGCGAGUUGGGAGGUGCAUACAUUGCCAUCCCAUGCUCUUUCUUCUUCUUCUUCUAUUUCCCAAUUGAUUUUUUUUUUU